UGCGGUGACGCGGCUCGGCGCUGUGGGCCGCUUGGGGCUGUGCAGCCUGAACCCCGAGCUGUCAGUGCAGGUUCGGCUCGGUUCUCUACACCCCGCGCGCCACCCGCGCUAUGGCCGCCCCGCCGCAGCUUCGGGCUCUACUCCUGGCUGUCAACACACUGCUGCGCAAGCGCCGCUACCACGCUGCGUUGGCCGUGCUCAAAGGCUUCCGGAACGGGGCAGUGUAUGGAGCCAAAAUCCGGGCCCCUCACUCAUUGGUCAUGACCUUUCUCUUCCGGAGCGGCAGCCUCCGAGAGAAGCUUCAGGCCAUCCUGCAGGCCACGUACACCCAUUCUUCCAACCUGGCCUGCUUCGUGUUCACCUACAAAGGGCUUUGCGCCCUGCAGUCCCACGUGCAGGGUGAGACCUACCAGAUGCACUCAUUCCUGGCUGCCUUCAUCGGAGGCUGGCUGGUAUUUAGAGAUAACAAUAACAUCAACAGCCAGAUCAACAUGUACCUGUUGUCUCGUGUCCUGUUUGCCCUGUGCCGCCUGGGCGUGGAGAAGGGCUACAUUCCCAAACCCAAGUGGGACCCAUUCCCGUUGGUCUCUGCGACAGUGUGGGGGCUGGUGCUGUGGCUCUUUGAGUACCACCGGCCCACACUGCAGCCCUCGCUGCAGUCCUCUAUGACCUACCUGUACGAGGACAGCAAUGUGUGGCAUGACAUCUCAGACUUCCUCAUCUACAACAAGAGCCCUCCCUCAAAGUAAUGUGACCCUGAGAGACUUAUGGAUGCUUUUACACCUGAGUAGGCUCCAGGCGGUAUCCAGCUGUGACUCAAGAUUGGCUCCCCCGGUGAAACCUUCCACAGGAUCCUGCCUUCUCGAGAUCAUGGCUCUCAAACUCCAACUUUUAUUAUCCCAGGGUUCCAUUUUCCGAAGCAAAAGCACUGAUUUUCAAAUCCCAUUAGGUACUCUUGAAUGGUGGAACAAAUGGCCGAAUCAGAUUGAGAAGCUUGGGCGUGGUUCUAGCUAUGCUACUGACUUCUGUGACAUCAGGAAAAGUCACCCCUUCUGGGCCUCAAGGGUCAUCAAGCUUAAAGAAGGGCCCUGAAAGUGGGUAUGUUCUUCGACUGUUCUUAUGUAAUAGAGGGUUUCUUGCUGGUGGGCAGUGGAUUUGCAAAUACGUUUUUACAAAAUAUUAAGUUCCUUGUCUCAGGUAUUCUAUUGGAGAAGCUCCAGAGUUCCACUGUCCAAUAGAAACACAAUGACAGUCACAUAUGUAAUUGAAAUUUUUCUAGUAACUACAUUAAAAAAAAAACAAACUGGAAAGAACCAGAUGAAAUUAACCUUAAUUAUUUAUUUUGGUCCAAAUUUCUAAAAUAUUAUUUCAACAUGUAAUUAAUAUAAAAAUUAAUGAAAUAGUUGACAUUCUUUUUUCUCAUACUAAAUCAUCAAAAUCAAGUUGUUGUACACUUACAGCACAUUUCAGGUGCUUCGUCAAUAGCCACCUGUGGUUAGUGGCAAUUGUAUUGCACUAUGCAGAUAUAGAACAAGCACAGAAAAUUCUAGUGGACAGUGCAGAUAUAGAGCUAGAGGACAUGGGUUUGAGUUCCCACUCCAGCACUGUGUAACUUUGAGGAAGGUUCUUGACCUCUCAGAGCCUCAGUUUCUUGUAAAAUGAGGAUCAUCGUAAUACGACCUGGUGUCCACAUUGGACUUGUGUACCUACAGCUUCUGCUACUACGAUUAAUCACAUGCAUUUAGUGAGCUCCUACUUCCUCCUGGGUGCUUUGCACUAAUUAUUUUUUAAUCCAUACAGUGAUUACCUUGCAGGUCUGUAUUUUGAUCCUUAUUUUAUAGACGUAGAAACUGAGGAUCAGAGAUGGGAAGUAACUUGCCCAGAGUAACACAGAGUCGUAGUCCUAUCAGGGUUUGAACCCAGAUCAAAGCCCAUGUGUUUUUCAGUGCCUUACUUUAAAUUUAGAAACCUAGGCUAAACUAUGCAAAUGUUAGCUAGUUAUAGGGUCUGUUCGGGGGAGUGGGGGGCGGUACAAACUCAAAUGCCUACAUGAGCCUGGCAAGUGGCAUAAAUGAUAACGUUCUGGGUUCUACACACGAUAUUCGGUAGGGAGUGAUGGGGGCGUGGUGAACUGGAGACAUGUGCCAAUCUGAUUUUUUUAAACCACCAUGCUGGACAAAUUAAACAGGUCUCCAGGAAGACUUGGUCCAUGGCUCACCAAUUGGAGACCCUUGAUCUAAUAGGAAUACUUCAGUCUCUUUUUAUAUUGUAGAAGUUACUAGUAGAAAUGUGCACGUGAGUCACUGGAGAUCUUAUUCAAAUGCAGAUUCUGAUUCAGUGGGUUUGGGGUGUGACCUGAAUGUUCUGCAUUUCUCACAGACUCCCAAGUAAUGCUGCUGCCUCUGGUCUGAGUCACACCUUGAGUAAUAAGGUAGUAGGGCAUGACAUGGGGCCAUCCCUUAUCCCAUGUGACAAAAGAGGAAACUGAGUUAAACAGCUGUUAGGUAAUGGGAUUAGGGCUGAUUGUAACAGCGUGUUCUCAGCCACGAUGUUGUACUGCAAGCUUGGUGAUCUUGAAGGUCCCUUAGUUCACUCUGUGGAGGCUGAAUGAGAUCCCAAGCUUAGGGGGAGGGGAGAGGGUGGCCAUCAGCAAGCAGGUUUUAUAAUAGAUGCUGGGGAUACCCUGCCCAUACCCUAUCGAGCUUACCACUUCAGUGUACACCAGCCAGCUUUUCCAACUGCCAUCCCUGUAUCUUUCUGCCUGAGGGCCCUCACUUGCCGGUGGCACCUGCUUUGCCACCCUGCAGCACACCUGCAGUGCUGGAGGAUUAACAUCCCGGGAGCCAAUGACUGAUGAACAGCCCCACUCCCACAUCCCUGGCCCAUGUAUGACUGGGUGGGCUAACCGAGGCGCAUGCUCCACUCUGGCUCCUGGCUCAGCAGGACUGAGCUGCGGUGCCUACAGUGGUCAUUUGCUUGGUAACACCCUCUUCCCUGUCUCCCGUUCUCAUGUCCCUACCAGUGCUUCUUGGGAUCACUUCCCAUAUAGAUCACUUGUACUCAAAUCCUUGUCUUGGGCUCUGCUAUUGAAGGAACCCAAACUAAAAUUGGCCUCCGGUGCAGCAGAUGGAGAGGCAGUGUAAUGUGGUGGUUGGGGAUGUAGGCUUUGGAUCUAGUGCCUGGGCUGAGCCUUGGUUCCUCUGUUUCCUUGGGCAAAUGACUUAACCAUUCUGUGCUUGUGUAAAGCAGGCACAAUAGCACAUAACUUAUAGGGUAGCCUGGAAGAAGGAUACGACACACAUAAAGUAAACGAAUCAAUAAA